GCCAGCCUUUGCUGCCUCUUCUCCUCGACGACGUUGCAAUAAACGGUCAACGAGUAGUUUGGCACAAGAGUAUAUCUUCGCUUUCUAAAUAACUCAGCUCUUCCGUUCACAAAAUGUCCGUCUCUGACAUGAAGCGUGGUAAUGGCGGAAAUCGCUCUCCGACCGCCUCUUCUGGAAACGAAAAUGUCGUUGAUCACCUUUCUCCUGGUGUCACCGAUGCCCCCGCGGCUUCCUCAGUCCCCAAGAGGCAUGUCGACAAGGAUCAUGGUCUAAUCACCGUCCAACCCCUGAAGCGCUCGGAGAUGCAGCAAUCCUACGCACAAGAUUUGGGCUUGUCAGGGGUAACACAUGGCGUGUAUGGCAGCUUCAUCAACACCCUCGGUGCCUGCAUUGGUAUCUGUGGUGCUAUUCCUUGCUGCCCGUGUCCCAAUCCUUUCCGCGAGGUUCAGCAAGGAUCCGUCGGUCUUGUCUCUCGCUUCGGUCAGUUCUAUAAAGCUGUCGACCCUGGUCUUGUGCAAGUCAACGUGUGCUCUGAGCGCCUUCGUGUGGUCGAUGUGAAGAUUCAGAUCGCGACCAUCGGCCGCCAAACCGUCAUCACCCGCGACAACGUGAAUGUCGAGAUUGACUCCGUCAUCUAUUAUCAGAUCACCAACCCUUACCGUGCUGCAUUUGGUAUCCAGGACUUGCGCACUGCACUUGUCGAGCGUGCGCAGACGACCCUUCGUCACGUAGUUGGUGCACGGGCAGUGCAAUCCGUCGUUACUGAGCGCGAUGCCAUUGCCCUCGAGAUUGAAGAGAUCGUCAGUGACGUCGCCGACAAGUGGGGUGUCGCCAUCGAGGGUAUCCUCAUCAAGGAUAUUGUGUUCUCCGCCGACGUCGCAGCUUCGCUCUCCUCUGCAGCCCAGCAGAAGCGUAUUGGAGAGUCCAAGGUUAUUGCUGCUCGUGCCGAGGUCGACGCUGCUCGCCUCAUGCGACAGGCUGCCGAUAUCCUCGCUUCACCCGCUGCCAUGCAGAUCCGUCAACUUGAAGCACUCCAACAGAUGGCACGAUCCGCACAGAGCAAGGUUGUUUUCGUGCCGAUGCAACUCCAGAGCGAUAUCACGGGCGCUCUCACUCAUCACCAGAUCGCGGCGAGUGGAUCAGAUGCUGUUGGUGCAAGCAGCCCCAUGGCUGGUAUGGGCAUCGAGACCUCCGUCGGAAAGGCGGGCCUCAUGUCGGCCAUUGGCAGUGUCUGAUCUCCUUCUCACAUGACCUCGUGGCCUCACUCGCAGUCGGUCCAAUUCACGUUUUCCCCUUAACCCUUAUGUUUGUACUUCCAUCGCGGUGCGGUGUCGAUACCUCUAUUAUGUUCAGUCCUUGUGUAUGCUUAUUCUUUGGAACACGACGUAAUCGGUGAUGAAUGUCGUCAUCUCGAC